GACAAAAAACUGAGGCCAAACGUGCUCGUCUUCGCGAUGGCACGAAAUUCAGAGAAAGCCAUGACCAAGCUGGCCAGGUGGAGGGCUGCACACAUAGAUAAUGUGAAGGAGAAGGAAAGAAGACCGUACCUGACAACAGAAUGUGAUGAUGUACACAAAGCAGAGAAGUUCAGAAGACAGAUUAUUGGAGAAGUUUCCAGAAAAGUUGCACAGAUUCAAAAUGCUGGUUUGGGCGAGUUUCGUUUGCGGGACCUCAAUGAUGAAAUCAACAAACUAUUACGAGAAAAGGGAUACUGGGAAGACCGUAUUGUUGAACUUGGAGGGCCUGAUUACAGGAAAACUGGUCCUAAAAUGCUUGAUGCUGAAGGGAAGGAGGUUCCAGGGAACAAGGGAUACAAGUACUUUGGUGCUGCCAAAGAUUUACCAGGUGUACGGGAGUUGUUUGAACAAGAAGCUCCGCCACCGCCAAGAAAAACCAGAUCAGAGUUGAUGAAGAAUAUAGAUGCAGAUUACUAUGGUUACAGAGAUGAGGAUGAUGGUGUUCUGGUACCUCUGGAGCAGGAAAUGGAGAAGGAAGUCAUAGCCAACAAAGUAGAAGAAUGGAAAAAGAAGAAAGAGGCCAUCUUGAGAGGCGAGGUACCCCCAGAUGACGAUGUUGUGACGAAGGAAGAGGAUAUCUAUGCUGUUAAUGAACAUGAGUCUGAUGAAGAGGAUGAGGUCAGUGCCAUGGACACAGGGGAAGGUAGUGGACAAAGCUUCAUAGCUCAUGUACCUGUUCCAUCUCAGAAAGAGAUUGAAGAAGCAUUACUUCAAAGAAAGAAACAAGAACUUUUAGAAAAAUAUGCCAGUGAGGCAUUGCAAGCCGAGGAAGGCCAGGUUAAACAGAUGAUGGGGCUGGACACGUGAGACUGCCCUUCAAGAUGUAUAUCUGGAAAUGUGAUAUAACAAGUACAGUUUAAUGCAACCUUCUUAGGCUGGCACAAUGGGCGAAGGUGGUGUAAUGGCAGUAAAGAUGUAUGGCAGAUACAGCUGUGUUUGGGAAAUAUGAGGCGAAGAUAAGUUAUCACUGCUAUAAAAAACAUUGACAAGCAGUUGCUUUUCAUGUUCAGCUGGGACUGAUUCCAAAUGACAGUUUUCCUAACAUUGUGUGCCUGGCAUUCAUUAUAAGGAAAUGGGAAUGAGCAAGAUUUUAUUCCUGGCAGUGGAUCCUUAGCUAUAUGAUAUAGAGAAAUAAUAUGAAACCUGAGAGAACUGUGAUGGAUAAUAGUAGAACUUGGCAGAUACAUACAGAAGAAAUAAAUUUGUGAAACUGAAAAACAUUUGGAGUAUCAUCAAGAGCUGCAAUGAAAAGGACGAGCGAACUAGAUUGAUCUAAACUUGGAAUGUAUAAAAUAUUGUAAAAUACACUGACAUCACUCGUAAACAUCAGUGGGCUUCAGUUAUUGCAGACUAUAAAUCACAACAUACAUGCAUGCAUGCAAAAAGUUGCCUAAUUAACCUAAUAUUGUAUGCAGCUAGGAAAGUUUUUUUUUCUACGACUUGAGAUAAAACAUAGCUAUUCAAGAUACAAAGGAUGUUUAACCAUUCAUUGAUUAGGCAGUAAUUAGGUAUUUGCUAGAAAUUAAAAGAUUUUUGCAAACUGGACUAUAUAUUUUUUUUGACUCCAGAUUGACUACUAGAUUAUAAACAUCAGUUUACUCUGUGUACAAUACAGACCUCCGGCACCUAUGCCAUGAGUCAGUGUGUAGAUUAUCAAGUAAAGAAUGAUGGGAAAGCCUGGGACUAAAGCACUGUGACAUCAGUGUUAUCAAGGCACUUUUUUUAGGGCAGUGCCCUGUAAACCGGAUGACUAAUGUGAGAAGAAUGAUGUCAUAAAUCAGCUGUUUAUCCAUUACCAUAAACUGCUUGUGGAUUUUGGUUUUAUUUUCCUCAUACAUUGUAAGUGUUUACAUAGAGCAGAAGGGGAACUUUACUUUCUUAGAGCUGCUUUCUGUUGUUGGUACGGUCUAUGCUUUGACCUACUUACCAUAUUUUUGUUUGAUUUGUAUUUUGAUAAAGUUUUAGGUUACCAAUCUUUGGUGUAACUUAAACCAAAAAACAGACUGUAAAUAUGUAAAAGAUAGAUUUUCUAUAAUAUUUUCAAUAAAAU